AUGAACCAAGAGUUUUCGGAUUACUUCAAUCUCUCCCCGAUGAGCCUGCCGGAUAUUCCGGCCGAUUUGGAUCUUGGAUUGGAAUCCUCCUCCUUGCAGGCCAACAUUGAUCCUUCACUAACCGCUGGCUAUGUGCAUACCGGCGCGGAUUUGGGGGCGCACAACCGCCACACAAGUCAACAACAAAAUACUCCAGCAGAGUCUCGCCCGAGGACUGCUGAUCAACCCGAACAAGCACAUCGAAGUGAGCCACUCAAUGGUGAAGCUUCGGAAGGGUUGAAUGAAUUCACUUCAUUCUCGCCUACGAUGCUCCCUUAUUACCCCCCGAACUAUUCCAGGCAUCGCAUCUCCCUGGCAAGGAACAUGUCCCCCCCGCAGGAUGCAAACCAACAAGGUCAAUAUGAAACAAUGAUGGAUUUUAUUCAACAGGACGGAAAUGCCAAUACUACCGACGGUACAGAUACAAGAACUGAUCACGGCUACAGUCACGGAAUAUCUUCUUCCAGUCUGCUGCAAUCCAUCGGCGGCAAUACACAAAGCUCCAGCUCAGGUACCUUAAGCGGCUUAGGGCAGCUAGACCAGCACCAGGAGGAAACAUCAAAUCCGAAUGCUGAGAUCCAUCCCCCAGCCGUAACAUCAUGGAUUCGCAGACUAUCAGAUAUGAACAUGCAACUCCAUCAGCACAUGGUGUCCAUCCCCCUGGUUGGAACAGGGCAGGGGGGUCAAGGAACUAAUAGUGGAAAUUCUCCAAACUCCACGGAGGCUGAUAAACGACUUCCGGUGGAUCACACGUUUAAACUCUCAUAUCAAUAUAUGGAACUGUUGAACAGCAUCUUCUCUCAAUUAAAAUCACGCAGAUGCGGCAAUGCUUCACAGAAGGCCGCAGAUCUCACACUAGACCAACCCUCUCAGCUGCUUGUCUUAUCCAGCUACCUAUGCCUCGUCGAAUCAUAUGGAGUGAUCCUACAGCACAUCAAGGCAUGGACUGAAGUCCCGCUAAAGAUGGGAACAGGAAGCGGCGCAUCUGCUUUAGACGAUAAGGGAAAUGGUCUUGACUUCCCAAUCAAGCUCCCAAGCCUCGUUGUUGGCUCCUUUGAGCUACCAGACUUCUCCUCAACCCGACCGCUUGUUUUGGUAUGCAUCGUCGAAACAACUAUGAUGCAUAUGCAUGCUCUAGUUAGCGACGGAAUGAAACUUGCAUCAAACACUGAUUACGGUUCGUUGACGGAGACUGCCAAUUCGUCCCCUCGUGCGGAGAAGCGCAUGAUUGGGGUUGGUGGUAGCAGUGAUGGGCUUAGUAGCGUGGCUAAGGUGACACUGCAGGCGAUCGAAGCCCAUGAAGAUUCCACACUACAGCUAAUACAUGUAGUCUGGAAAAUGGCUCUUCGAUGUGCCAUGCUUUGA